CCAUCCUGUGAAAUGCAAAUCCGAAACGUCAAACGUUGACAACGGCUGCAAUGCUGCGUCACUGCAAAUGACGAGUACCUGAAUUCUGACGCUGGGCUGCUGCGGAAGAAGGUUCAGGAUACCAUAAAUAAUUUCCGGGGCCACGGGGACCUGUCUAUUUCAUUAUUGAAUCGUCGCACUUUCCACAACUCGAGUCCAUAGUGACCACUGUUGGUUUCGCAACCAACAAGUCGUAUACCCCCCACGACUCGCCAUGAAACUCAAGGCCGCUCUUGCCGCCGCCUGCACGCUUGUCUUCACAGGCUGCAGUGCAUCCGGUUCUCCCGCGGAGGACUCCCCGAGUUUACUCCCUCCAACAGCUAUUCCCGGUACAAGUGCAUUUCCUAGCACUCUUCCAUUCGACACGACCGCCUCGUCAUCAUUCAUCUCUGCUCUAUCCUCUUAUAUAUCCUCCCAGUCUGCUGCUGCGCCCUCAGUCCCUACGCCCACCCCUACGUCUACUUCGAACUCGACUGCGGCUACAGCUACGGCACCGUCAGUGUCGGUAGCAACACCUACUUCCAUAACGUCAUCCCCAACACCAACAAGCCCAGGUGGGACAUCGUCCUCGGGCACUACAGGCAUGGCGGCAGGAAAGAACUACGGUUUUGUCGGCAUGAGCGUGAUAACCAGUGUUGUACUCGGUACGGUGGUCGCGCUUUUCUAAAAUAAUCCGGGACACAACGACUGGGGCAUUUAUGGAUGAGGUAUAAUAGGAGGGUUACGGACCUGCAACGUCAGCUUGCAAGUAGGACAUGUUGUACAUUAGUUUACUAGCCCAGAGGCGGGUGAUAGGUUCCCUUAAAGCUGGGGGUAAUACGCUGCUGUCGUGGCUUACUGACGGGUACGCGCUCUAAUGGCAGCCGCAGACGAAAGUCUAAAAAUAUAUCUUCUCAUCAGAUGAUGGC